UUUACACGUGUGUGUGUGCAGCAUGGGCCAAAGUUCCCACUGAAUUUGGUAAUAUUUAACGGGACAGUUUGGUGUGACAUGGCUGAGCACCACGCAUGAAGUGGAAUUAGAAAACAUCGAUGACAUUGUUUGCUUCUCAUACACAGAAACUCCAGAUCAAGGAUCGUUCUGCUUUGAAUAAUGGACUGACUGGACUGACUGAUCAGUCAUGGACACCUUCCCUCUGUUAGUGCUCCUACUGUCAUGGAGGACUGAAGUUGAAGCUCAAAUAAAACUAUUCCCAGAAAAGCUGACGGUCCUGAGAGGGGAAAAGGCCAGAUUUACCUGCACUCCUUCUAACAGCCAGUGGACUGCUAUGAUUUGGCUGCUGAAUGGUGAGGUAGCACUCACUAUCUCUAAUAAACAUGGUGUCCUGCAAUCCCCCAACACGAAUAUGAGUCUGAUGGCUGAAAAAAAGAAAGACGGAUGGAUGCUUGUCCUGAAUAACACAGAGAGACACGACCAGGGAGAAGUGACCUGUGAUCUCCAGGGCGUUGAUAGGAAAACAGCGAGGCUGUUUGUACAAGAAAAGGGCAGUGUGAAAAUCCUUGGGAAUAACAGGUUGGCUUUUCAGCGAGAUUCAGUCCUGUUUGAAUGUGAAGCAGCAGGAUGGUACCCUGAGCCUGUUCUGAAAUGGGAGGUGAAUAAUAACAAGGUGAGUCCAAGUGAAUACAACAUCAGCAGUGAAGAGUCGAAGGAGAGCCUCUUCACCUUGACCAGCAAGCUCAGUGUGCUGGCAGCAAAAAGUUCUCACGUGGACUGUCUGGCCUCUGUUUCUGCCCUCCCCCAACCACUGAAGAGCACAAUCAGUCUAAAAGUGGUCGCCGAGGUGUUGGAGGAAGGAGGCUACUGCACAGUCCCGCUGGCGAUAACUGCCUCCCUCUCUGGUUUUCUGGUGCUCCUCCUGCUCUGCAUCUGCACCGUCCUCUGCUACAGACAAAGGAGACAAGCAAAAACAAGCCCGCAGGAGGUACUAAGGUUUGACCAAUCGGUGUUUAGUAGAAGCGUCGAUGCUGAUGCGCCGGAAGGGAAAGUUAACCUGGGAUACUCUAGUGAGAGCCCCACAGAUGCAGUUAACAGUGAGCUAUUCUGGGAAACUCGUAGACAGAUGGACUUUGUCAGCUUUCGCAAGUUUCAUCAGGUCCCUGAUGUCGUGUCCUCGAGCAGCUUUUCUACACAAAGUGAGAGCCAGGCCAACAUGUGUCCCCCAGAGGAUGACUGCAAGAAUGUCCGGAGAAUCACCACUGUUUGAAUAUUAAUGUUAUGUUUUGUUUGCAUGACUUUCGUAUAAGUAUUCACAUUUUUUAUAAAGCUACAAGCUAAGGGUAUAUGUUUUUGAACUACAAGUAUCUAACACAAUCAUUUAGCAAAAAAGAAAAAUCACUCUCUGGACACUUCAUUAGUUACUCCUAGAGUGAGAACGAUGUGUCAUCCUGCUGGAAGAAAAAGAUGGGUACACUGUGGUCAUAAAGGGUUUGACAUGGUCCGUAACAAUACUCACGUAGGCUGUGGUGUUUACCAAGGGGCCCAGAAUGAGCCAAGAAAAUAUUCCC